UCCAACUCGACCACAGACCCAUUUCGACACCAGAGUGUCAAAUACCCAUACGCAAUGACUCAAAGUUCGGGUACAUUGUUAUUGAAGUACCCAUUAUGGCUGCAAUGGGUUGGUGCUUUUGGAGUGAUGUUGAAGUUGUUUGCGUGCGGCCUGUCGGUCGGUUGGGCCUCACCCUACCUGGCAAGCUUUACGAGUGGAACUGCCCCGUUUCCGGCAACAACGGACGAGGUAUCAUGGAUGGCGUCGACUUACCAGCUCGGUAGAUUCCCCGGCGCAAUAUUGGGAGCAGUUGGCGUUCAAUACUUGGGUGGAAAAAUAGUGAUAAUCGUUAAUGCAGUCGCUCUGUUGAUUUCCUGGAUCCUGAUAAUCGCCUCAAACUCCGUGCCCUGGAUAUACGCAGCCAGAUUCCUUAGCGGACUAUGCGUCGAAGCAGCGAAUAUCUGCUACCCUCUUUACCUCGGAGACAUUUCAAGUCCCAAUAUAAGAGGCACUCUAAUGGUCCUGGCGAUCAACGGCUUGUCCCUCGGCAUUGUUGCAGGAUAUGCAAUAGGUCCCUACGUCUCAAUGAGGGUAUUUUCGGGGAUCGGGGUUGCGCUCAUCGUCGGUUGCAUUGUGAUCAUUGCGCUGUUACCACAGUCACCUUACUACCUCGUGAGUAAGAACAAGAUAAAAGAGGCGGAGAAUUCGAUAAUCAGUUACAACAGAAAGGCGGAUGUCGACUUGGAAAUGGAUUUGGUUCGAAAAUUUAUCGCCAGAACAAAGUCCAUCACGUUCCUCGAUCGAUUGCGAGAAUUGAAUUUGCCCCAGAACCGAAAGUACGGUUUGAUUUUAAUCGCAUUGAUAUUCUUCAUGCAGACGUCCGGAAUGAACGUUCUGAUAACAUACACGGAGAGCAUCGCGACUAGAGGAAUGCUGAGUUUGAUCUCACCAUCUACAAUGCCAAUCACAAUGGGUGGCUUGACUAUUCUGGGUGCUUGGACGUCAAUGUAUUUUGUUGACAAAUUCCAGAGGAAAACAAUCUGGGUAUUUUCUACAGCCGGACUUUCCUUGAAUUUGAUAGCCUUGGGGAUACACUUUUACCUUUUGGACAUCGGCGUUGAUCCCAGCUACUUGCAAUGGCUCUUCAUAUUGUCCGUAAGCAUAUACGGUGCAUUCUCCAGUAUGGGAAUGGGAUCCAUCCCGUACAUACUUCUCAGUGAACUAUUCGGGUCGAAUAUACGAACUCUGGCGAUUUGCAUAUGUUGUUCUGUCGGUGGUAUCGCUGGUUUUGUCGGUAUAUACGGUUACCAGUAUCUGUUGGAAGUCAUUGCCGAAUGUUACAUCUACUGGAUAACCGGGGUUUGGGUAUUCGCAGCUCUUAUUUUUGGCCUCGUACUGGUACCAAAUACAAAGGGAAAAACACUCACGGAAAUUCAAGACGACCUACUGGAUAAUUAA